AAAAGAAAGGCAUUUUAAUCAAAUCAAAGUGGAAGUUUUAUUAUCGUCACCAAUCCUCCAAUAAUUGCGCGGUAGAAGUCGGCCAUCUUGGAAAUUUUUAAAACAGAAUAUUUUUUUAUUUGCAAUUUUAUGCACAAACAGAAUAUGUAGCGAGUAGUUUUCGUAGGAAACCAUGUCUUCUCGACAUAGAGAUAGACAACGGGAACGCAGAGGCCGUUCACGAUCACCAAAUGGAGAGCAAAGAGAUCGCAAACAUGGACGCCAUGAGAGGAGUCAAAAGAAAAGUACAUCGAACAGAGAUGGUGAGAAAAGGGAAGAAAGAAGAAGACAGGAGAAUGAUCGAAGAAAUGGUGAAGAACGUAGAGCAGCUCAUGGGUCUCCUGAAAGAAAACGUCAACGACAAAAGUGAGUUUAUUAGUUUAUAGUCACUUAGUAUCAGUAUCUCUAUUGGGCUAUUACAUUUAAUAUCCGUACCCCCCCUGUCGAGUACCUCAUUUUCCAAGGGGGAAAUUAGUCAUUUUUUCCAGAGGGGUAAUUGGGAAAAAUGGAAGAAAAAUGCUCUUCCCAGAGGGGUUAAAAAGCAAAAAAGCACUUCCAGAGGGGGUUCAAGACUCUUCCAGAGGGGUCAAUUACACAGAUUUUUUUGCAUUCCAGAGGGGUAAAAAUCCCCAAAAGCAGAGGUCCUCGACAGGGGGGGUUUGGUUUUUUAAUGUAAUAGCCCAUUUAAUAAUGGUUUUUAAAGAUUUUAUACCUUGUAUACUAUCAUACAUUAAUAUUAAUCUAAUUCCCAUCAUCAAACAAUAAACCAUUGAUGUUACAAAAACAGUCAUAUUAAAUAACAAUUCUGAACAAUGUAUAUAAUACUACUACUAUAAUUAGGUUAUAAUUCACUAAAUUUAGUAUGCAUGCUUGUCUUUUAGUUCUUCAAUACUUUGUACAAAGUCCGACUUCUCAAUACAUCCAUUGCGCUCUUCGUUCCAACUUUGUAAAAUUUUCCUCAGCUGUGUACUCUCAUUUUCUUCAAAUCUACAUUUUGAUCAUCAAUAUUUUGUUCUAAAAUUAUAUAAAUGAAUAUCAAAGUACAUCAUACAGAGAUGGUGAGAAAAGGGAAGAAAGACAAAGACAAGAGAAUAAUCGAAGAAAUGGCGAAGAACUUAGAGUAGCUCAUGGGUCUCCUGAAAGAAAACGUCAACAACAAAAGUGAGUUUAUUAGUUUGUAGUCACAGAAAAAAAAUUAUAUUUCUAUUAAUGGGUUUUUGAAUGGUUUUUAAAGGUUCACUAUGUAUACUUUAUUGACUUUAUUAAAAACGGUACUAUUUCACCAAGAUAUUUACAAAAAUUAAGACGGGUGAUCUUCCAAUAGGCUGUAUAUAGCUAUACUAAUUACACAUAUACUACAGUAUCUAAUAAUAAUAACUAAAUUACACACAAAUUACACACUUACAGUUAGACUAUUUUUAAAUGUAGAGAUACUUGUUUUAGCUUUUAUGUCAGCAGACAGAUUAUUCCAAGUCUCAGCUCCUCGAUAGGCGAAAGACUUUUUCAUAAAAUUAGUUUUAGGUUUAGGUAAUGCAAAAUUGAAUUCGCUCUGUCUUGUAUUGUAAUUAUGUAUUUCAUUUGAGGUGAUGAAAAGUUCCGUUAAGCAAUUUGGUAACAUGUUAUGUUUGGCUUUGAACAUUAGGACGGCUAAAUGAUGUUUUCUUCUAGUCACGAGAUUUGGAAAACCGACCUUGUACUAUCAUGUUUAAUGGUAUUUUCCAGUACACAGGAAAAAAUACUGUUAUUAGACAGUACCAUUAAUGGUAAAAUUAAACAUACACUAAUAUUAAUCUAAUCCCAAUCCUAACCCUGAUUUUGUAAACCUUACUGUUACACUAAUACUAUCCCAACUGGCCAACCUUAACCCUACCUUGAUCGACCUAGUACCCUAACUUUGUAAUGGGUAGCUCCAGAAAAUAUCCAUGCUCUCCCCAAGGAGGAAAUUUCUGUCAUCCGGAGGAGAGUGGAGAAAAAUGUGUUUCUGGUAAUGGUAAUUGUAUUAGGUGUAAAAAAAAUACCUGUGGUUCCGGUUCCCGACUGACCUAAUUUUUUUCUGCCAACCGUAUUAUUUUUUCAACGCGAUUUGCGACCCUAUUUUCUCCGGGUGGUUGCGGGCUGCUGCCAAAAUGGCAUCUGUUGUCACACUAAUUAUUGAAAAAACCAUGAAAAAAUAUUUUUAAAAAAAAAAUUUCCGACCUACCGACCCUAAUUUUUUCGCGAUAUGAAACCGGAACCACAGGUAUUUUUUUUACGCCUUAGGACAUCCGAAGAGGGUAGGAGGGUUAUUAAACUUCACUCUGUGGGGAGGUAUGGAUGUUUUCUGGAAUGAUCCAAUCCUCACAUAAGAGUUGACCAAAGUUCAGGACUUCACCUUUCCUUUUCUGUUUUUAGCAUGGAUAUUGAAAAUGUUGAAGAAGGUGUUUCACAAACAAAAGAAGAACCAAAUUUUGAACUUUCAGGAAAACUGACAGAAUAUACCAACACUUACAAGGUUUGAAAUUUGGACUGUUAAUUUACAGUGCAUCAGGAUAGAUUUUUACCAGGUUAAAGACGAAAGGACUGUUUAAUAUAUGAAUUUAGCUGAGCUGGCCCGCUUUGCAAGACAGCAUGGUAACCGAGAUGAAUUUCGCUUGUGUUUUAUGAAAAAUUUCAUCUUGCUUGCCAGGAUAAUUUUGAUCUUUGAACUUAUUCUGGCAACCGGCCCACCUGCUUGUGACUGUUUAUACUCAACAGGACCAACCCAGCUUCCAUAUAACAGCUCCCGAUUACCCACUUUUUGUUUAGGGUGUAGUAAUAAAAUAUAAUGAACCACCUGAGGCACUUAAACCAAAAACAAGAUGGCGACUGUAUCCAUUUAAAGAAGAUAAAGGAAUGUGUAAGUUAUGAAUUCACUAAUUGCUCAGUGAUGAAUUUAAUUAAUACAACUUCUAAAUUAACUUGCAGUCAAAUAUUUUUAUUUUCAGCUGUAAUGUACAUUCAUCGCCAAAGUGCUUAUCUCAUUGGAAGACAACGACAUGUAAGUUUGUAUACAGGAAAAAUUUAAAUUUCCAUUAAUGGAUUUUUGAAUGUAAAAACUGAAGUCUUAUUAAUUAUAGAUUUUCCAGCCUUUGCAUUGAUAGUGUACUGUACAUGGUGAAUCUUUAAAAACCAUUCAAACAUUUAAGAUUGUUUCUGUGUAUGUACAGUAUGUAUGUGUCAAUUUCAGAAUGAUCAAAAACCUGUAAACCAUUGUAGGGGAGAAAUCUCAUGGACAUGAUCUUUUUCAAUGUGCAAUAUUUCCAAUAAAAUUGUUAUUUCCUUGAAUGUAUUUCAGAUUGUUGAUUUAGCAGUUGAUCAUCCCUCGUGUUCAAAACAACAUGCAGUGUUGCAAUAUCGCUUGGUUAAUUAUGAAAGGGAAGAUGGUACCGCUGGUCGGAAAUGCAAGUAAGCACAGGCUCUUGUUUGGGUGAAUAUGGUUGUUACAAUCAACAGACAAAUUUGGCUAACAUUUGUUUGUACCAAAUUCACAUUAAUAUUUUAAUCAACCCAUUAAUCUGUAUUGUGCCCUACUUUGUUACUUUACUGUGUCUAACACGUAACACCACAAAAUUAGUCAGAAUGUCAUUCCAUUAAAUGUUAGAUUGGUGAUCUUUUUAGGCCUUACAUAAUUGACCUUGAAUCAGCCAAUGGGACAUUUUUAAACAAUCAGAAAAUAGAAGCAAGACGAUAUUAUGAACUGAAGGAAAAGGUACAAGUUUUAUAGUUACAUUUCUUUAUAACUAUUUCAUUAACCCUCUUGUUCGUGACUUUGUUGGAGUUCAACUCCAGUACAUACCACAAAGUUAUUUGCAUAUUAUCUGUCUAGGAUGUACUCAAAUUUGGCUUCAGUACAAGAGAAUACGUCCUUCUUAAUGAGAAAAGCAAAGUGUCUGAAGCUGAUGAGGAUGACAUUUCUGAAGAGGCAGAAACAUAGAAGUUUGCUUUUCAAAGACAGAUUGAAUUUGGACAGAAGUUGGCUAAGAUUUGUAAAUCCUGGUCAGGCAUUGUCUUUGCUUACAAUUAAUUUUUAUUUGGAUCAUAGUAUCAUUACAUCAGUGUACAUUAGUCCGAGAGUUCAAUCUAAUUUUCACUCCGCUCACACAUACGGUCAUACCAUCAAACAAUAAACCAUUGGUGUUACAAAAACAAUUGUAUUAUUAAAUAACAAUUUUAACAAUAUAUAUAAUACUACCACUAUUAUUAUAAUUCAGUAUGCUUGUCUUUUAGUUCUUCAAUACGCUGUACAAAGUCUGACUUCUCAAUACAUCCAUUGCACUCUUCGUCCCAACUUUGUAAAAUUUUCCUCAGCUGUUUUACUCUCAUUUUCUUCAAAUCUACAUUUCGAACAUCAAUCUUUUGUUCUAAAA